ACUCUGUAUAUUUCUGAAAUUUCUCUCUCAUCCCAUCGAAAGCAAAAAAAUACGAAACGCAGGAAUCAUAACCGGAUCCCAAACUCAAAAAAACCCUAACCCUAGCCGCGUAUAUUUCUACAUCUCUCCUCUUCAAAUUCUACCUAUACAUACAACAAUACUUACAUAUGCAUAUUGAAAUUGGUAUAUAGAUAAGGUUGAGGUUAGGGUUACGAUUAGGAUUAGUUUAUUUUUGUGAUGGAAUACUGUAGAGCCGGUGGUGGUUCGUCGUGGAAAUGACCGGAGGGCGAUGUUCACGGCGGCGUAAGGUUGUCGACGUCGGAAUUGAUAUUCCGACUGAUGGAAACUCCGAGGGCGGGAGUUUAGAUUUGUUCACACAGGCUCGAAAGGCGCUUAGCGACCGCUCUCCGUUUGAUUUGGAGGAUGGACAGGAGGUUUUGACUGGUAAUUUGCCCAGAGAGUUGGCGACUGUGUUGUGUAAGCGUUCUGAUGGAAGGAAGAGGCAUAAGAAGUCGCAUUCCGCCACUGGAGAGAGUAAGUCGCAGAGGCUGGAGAAGAGUCGUGGAGCGGCGUUUUGGGCUGGGAAGGAAGUUUAUUUCAGAGGAUUGACUGUUGCUGAUAUUGAUAAGUUGUGUGAGCUGUCCACUCUCGACUUUACAGAGACUUCUGACUGUCUUUUAAUUCCGUUUGUGGAAAAUGAUAGGACGGGGACUUGUAGUGCUGUUAUAAAUGGAAAUGUGAGUGCUAGUGGUAAUGAGUUGGGAAAUGUUCCGGAAGUGCAGAAUAAAUGUGAUGAGCAGUUUAUGGAAGUUGACAGUGCGGGGAGUGUUGAGUUGAAUGUAGAAGAUAAGGAUAGUGGCUUCAAACAGCAGACUAGUGGUUUAGAGUGGCUUUUAGGUUCUAGGAGUAAGAUAUACUUGACGUCAGAACGUCCUUCGAAGAAACGCAAGCUUUUGGGUGGUGAUGCUGGUUUGGAGAAACUUAUUGUUUCUUCUGCAGUGGAAGACUCGUCUUCUUUCUGCCACUAUUGUGGUUUGGAUACUGUAGACCAGUUGAACCGAUUGAUAGUUUGUAGUAUGUGUAAAAUGGCAGUUCACCAGAGGUGCUAUGGGGUACAAGAAGAAGUAUCAGAGUCUUGGCUGUGUUCAUGGUGUAUGAAUAGGAAUCAGAAAGGAAAUUCCGAAAGACCUUGUUUGCUUUGUCCGAAACAGGGUGGUGCCUUAAAACCUGUUUUGAGGAGUGAUAGCAGUGGGUCUAUGGAAUUCGCUCAUUUGUUUUGUUGUCAGUGGAUGCCUGAGCUUUACAUCGAAGACACUAGGAAAAUGGAACCGAUCGUGAAUUUUGAGGGCAUAAAGGAAACACGGCACAAGUUGAUUUGUCGUCUAUGCAAGAUAAGAUGUGGGGCAUGUGUGCGAUGCAGCAAUGGAACUUGUAGAGCCUCCUUUCAUCCUAUAUGUGCAAGGGAAGCAAGACAGAGAAUGGAGAUUUGGGGAAAAUUUGGAAGUGAUGAUGUUGAGCUGCGUGCAUUUUGCUCAAAGCACUCUGAGGACCUGAAUAAUAUUAGCAUUGUACAAGGAGACCAGUUCCCUGAUCAGACCAUUGCCAAGCAUCAGCCAGUGUCAUCUACAAUGAUAAAACCACAUAAACUUAAAAUUAGUAGAAGAAACGGAGAAGUGGAAGGCCAUUUUGGAACUUCAGAGUUGCAUUUGGAAAAGGCGGAUUGCAGUGUACCCCAUGAGGGUGUUUUACCCGAUGCUAGAUCAAAUCUGACAAAUGAGUUGGAAUGUCGUGGUAUUCAACAGUCAAAUACUGCUUUGGUAUUAGAUAAAAGCAGUGAAGAUGUUGACACAACUGAAUCUUCAAAUUUUAAAACCAUCCUAAAGAAGUUAAUCGACCAAGGAAAAGUAUCUGUGAAUGAUGUGGCAUCAGAUAUUGGCGUUUCCCCUGAAUUUCUGUCAUCAAAUCUCAUAGGUGAUAACAUAGUACCAGAACUGCGAAGCAAAAUAGUUGAAUGGAUGAAAAAUCAUGCUUUUAUUGGUCCUUUGCAAAGAAAUCUAAAAGUUAGAUUUAAAAAUCUAACCAAAGUCGAGGCUGUUGCCAAUGGUGAUACAGAUGGUAUAGUAUCAGAUUCUUGUACUCCUGAUGUUUCUGUUACGUCAAUUCCACCUCGAAGAAGAACAAAAAGUGACAUCAGGAUUCUGAAGGAUGGCAAAGCAUUAUGCGUGACUAGAACAAGUUCCAUUGAAGAUGGAACCUCCAUGACCCACAAAAGUGCUUGUCAUAUAAUCAGAGAUGAACCUGCCUGUCAAAGUGAGGAGUCUGUUCCUGACAACUCCCUAAAGACCUUGCUCGAGCCUGCUGGGUCUAGAGACAUUUUGCAAAGCAAUUCCUCCAAGAUUGAAGGUGAAGGAUCCAAGUUAUCGUAUUGUACUGCCUCCGAUUCUGUUCGGGCCGUGGAGGGUGCUAUACCUGAGAAGAAUGCUGCUUUGGACUCUGUUUCAGCAAAUCCUGUUUAUGAUACUGCAGUGAAUUGUGUCCCUGAUCUCAUUAAUGAGCAGUCAGUAUGUAGUUUUCACAUGCACCCAACUAUACGGAAGACACUGUCAGAGAUGCCCAAUCCGGCAGUUAUAAGAUUUUUAACAGACGACAAUGAUGGUUUACGGGAUAGAGAACUUUCACCACUUGAAGCAUCUUCUAGCUCUAGCAUUUGUUGUAAUCAUCAAAGUGACAAAUUAGCUUCUCCAGGAUCGGUCUAUAAAUUCAGACCAGGUCUAGAGCAGUUGGCCAAGGCUGGGAGAAUGGGCAUUUUAGAGCAUUCACCUGCAGAUGAAGUAGAAGGGGAACUUAUCUUCUAUCAACAGCAGCUACUUCACAAUGCACUUGCAAAAAAGCGCUUUAGUGAUAAUCUGAUGUCAAAGAUUUUGACGAAUCUUCCGGAGGAGAUUGAUGCUCUAGGCAAACAGAAGUGGGAUGCAGUUACAGCUAAUAAGUUUCUGUAUGAGCUUAAGGAAGUGAAAAAGCAGGGAAGAAAAGAGCGGCGCCACAAGGAAGCUCAGGCUGUGCUUGCUGCUGCGACUGCGGCUGCUGCUGCUUCUUCUAGGAUUUCUUCAUUCAGGAAAGAUUCUCGGGAAGAAUCUGCUCAUCAGGACAUAAACCCAUUGAAGGCGGAUUUUUAUAGUGGAGGAGCUGGUCUGUACUCUCAGCAGAUGCCACGAGCGAAGGAGACACUUUCAAGAUUAGGUACCACGAGGGUAUCAUCAGAAAAGAAUUAUGAUGCUGUCUAUACAAAUUCUGAUUUCUCGAAGGACCACCCUAGAACUUGUGAGAUCUGCAGACGAUCUGAGACAAUUUUGAACCCGAUCUUAAUCUGUACAAGUUGCAAGGUCGCAGUUCACUUAGAUUGCUAUCGCUGUGUCAAAGAUUCCGGGGGACCAUGGUAUUGUGAAUUAUGUGAAGAGUUGUCAUCAAGAAGCUGUGGUGCUUUGGCUGUUAAUUCUUGGGAAAAGCCCUACUUUUUAGCAGAAUGCGGGUUUUGUAAUGGAACUGCUGGUGCCUUUAGAAAGUCAACUGAUGGUCAAUGGAUUCAUGCAUUUUGUGCUGAAUGGGUUCUAGAAUCGACCUAUAAAAGGGGUCAAGCAAAUCCUGUGAAGGGAAUGGAGACGGUAAUUAAGGGGAGUGAAAUGUGUCACAUUUGUCGCCGCAAACAAGGUGUUUGCAUAAAGUGCAACUAUGGUCAUUGUCAGAACUCUUUUCAUCCAUCUUGUGCUAGAAGUGCUGGCUUUCAAAUGAAUUUAAAGACCGUUGGUAGCAAGUUGCAGCACAAGGCAUACUGUGAAAAACAUAGCCUGGUGGAGAGGGCAAAGGCGGAGACCCAAAAACAUGGAAUGGAAGAACUUAAGAUUCUUAAGCCAGUUAGGGUCGAAUUGGAGAAAUUACGACUUCUUUGUGAGAGAAUUAUCAGAAGGGAGAAACUAAAGCGUGACUUGGUUCUUUGCUCACAUGAAGUACUGGACUCAAACAGAGAGGCUGCUUCUUUGUCUGCACUCGCCUGUGUCUCUUUUUACCAAACAGAUGUCAGUUCUGAAUCAGCUACGACCUUGCUGAAAAGUUAUACAGAUGGUUGUAAGUCAGGUAACGAAGCAAUACAGAAAUCAGAUGACAUAACUGUAGAUAGCACAGUUGCCGGCAAGAGUCGUACAAAGUUUCAUGUGCCAGUGGACAAUGACCAAAAGACAGAUGAUAGCUCUACUUCUCAGCAGCCUUGUCCCUCAAAACCAUCAGAUGGGGCAUCUUUUUCCGGGAAGCAAAUUCCAAGUAGACCCUCUGUUCCAUCAUGGAGCUUUCCUAGUGAUGUAGAAAAUUGUGCAAAUUAUAGAAAGUAUACUGAAACAUUUGAAAAAGAGUUGGUAAUGACUUCAGACCAAGCAUCUAUGAAGAACCAGCGGUUACCUAAAGGACUUGUUUAUGUUCCUAUUCACUGCCUUUCUGGUGAGAAAGAGGCAGUUCCUGAUGCAUGUAGUACCCAGGAACAACUGAAAAGUGAUGAGUAGAACUACAUGUCCUUGUAAGAUCUCUAUGCCCCCUCCAUAUGCAAUUUUUUGUGCCCGAGUGUUGCGACAAUCUUUUGGUAAGACAGAGAUGGCAGGGCCUGCGCGGGUCUGAGCUUUGACACAUCUCUAGAGAUAGUUCUAUAUAACUUUUGCCAUCUUUGUUGUAUAUUGUGAGAGCAAACUGUACAGUGAGUUAGCGUUUGUUCCCGUUGCAUGUUGUCAAGUGGCCCAAAAUUCAAUUUUUAUUCUUUUGGUUCCUUUUUCAACCUUUCCGCCAGGCAAAAUAGAAGCUUUGCUUAUUGUAAUUGUACACAGAGUUAGAAAGCAUGGCCUCCUGUUCUCUGGAAAGUAGCUGUAUAUAUCCUUACAGUGUUGCAUAAAGCAGUAGUCCUAGCAUCUGAUGGUUAAAAUCAUUAUAUAAGUUAAACUUCCAUUUGUUUUUUGUUGCAA